AUGGCUCAUCUGGUUUCGCUUCUGGGUGUUCGGAUCCUGAACAACCCCGCCAAGUUCACGGACAAGUAUGAGUUCGAGAUUACCUUCGAGUGCAUGGAGGCGCUCGAGAAGGAUCUCGAGUGGAAGCUCACCUACGUUGGCUCGGCUACCAGCGACCAGUACGAUCAGGAGCUCGACAGCCUCUUGGUCGGUCCCAUUCCCGUCGGCACGAACAAGUUCAUCUUCGAGGCCGAUGCCCCCAACACCUCCAAGAUUCCCGAUGCCGACAUCCUCGGUGUCACCGUGGUCCUCUUGACCUGCGCCUACGAUGGCCGUGAGUUCGUCCGUGUCGGCUACUAUGUCAACAAUGAGUACGACUCCGAGGAGCUCGCCGCGGAGCCCCCUUCCAGACCCGUCAUCGAGCGUGUCCGCCGCAACAUUCUUGCUGAGAAGCCCCGUGUGACCCGCUUCAACAUCAAGUGGGACAACGAGGCCUCUGCCCCCGCCGAGUUCCCCCCCGACCAGCCCGAGGCUGACCUGGCCGCCGACGAGGAAGACUACGGCGCCGAGGAGCGCGAGGAGGAGGAGGCCGAGGGGGCCCUCGAGGCUGGUGCCAACGGCGAGAAGGUCGAUGGCGAGGAUGCCGCCAUGGCAGGCGUCGAGGGCGGCGAGCCCGCUCAGGCUGAGGGUGAGGAGGACGAGAUGUCCGAUGACGGCAGUGUCGACAUUGAAGGCGAGAGCGAGGACGAGUUGGAGGAGGAGGAGAUCGAGGGCCAGGCUGCCGGCGACGUCGACGAUGCCAUGGACGUCGACAUGGACAAGCCCGCCCCUGCUGCCAACGCCGCCGUUGCGACCCACUAG